GGAUAGAUGGAUGGCCCUGCUGCUCCCCUCCCUACCAGCCCAGCUGUCAGCUCCCUUCCUGACUUCCCCACCCUGCCCCCGGUACCAUGGCGUCCACCGAGGAGGACGGCACGGUUGAAGAGAAGGAAAACAACAACAAGAAGAGAACGAAAAGCGCCCUCGCUACCGCAUGGCUCACUUUCUACAACAUCGCCAUGACCGCCGGGUGGCUGGUUUUGGCUAUGGCGAUGAUGCGCUUCUACAUUCAGAAAGGCACACACAAGGGUCUGUACAGAAGUAUAGCAAGGACACUCAAGUUUUUCCAGACCUUUGCAUUAGUUGAGUUGGGACACUGUGCCAUCGGGAUCGUGAGGACUUCUGUGAUUGUAACCGGGGUUCAAGUGUGUUCACGGAUUUUCAUGGUUUGGUUCGUCACCAACAGCAUCAGACAGGUCCAGAGUGAAGAGAGCGUAAUCCUAUUCCUUGUUGUGUGGACGGUGACAGAGAUAACCAGAUAUUCUUACUACACAUUCAACCUGCUCCACCACCUGCCGUACUUCAUCAAAUGGGCCAGAUACAACCUCUUCAUCGUCUUGUACCCCCUGGGUGUCGUUGGGGAACUGCUGACCAUUUAUGCUGCUCUGCCGUUCGUACGCAGAUCUGGAAUGUACUCCAUGAGGCUGCCCAACAUCUAUAACGUGUCGUUCGACUACUACUACUGCCUCAUCGUCGUCAUGUUGUCCUACAUCCCACUGUUUCCUCAGCUCUACUUCCACAUGCUGCGGCAGAGAAGAAGGGUGCUUCACGGGGAGGUCAUAGUGGAGAAGGACGACUAGACAAGCCACCGCCUCAUGCCUUCAUUUGAGCCAGCCUGCCUCCACAUCACCCUAACCUCCCCCAAUUCGUCUCCACCUCAUCUUUAGCUGUUACAUAAACCAUCGGCCGUUACAUUCUUCAUUGCACGGGACCGGAAGAGCCGCACAGAUGACAUCCUGUCUGACGAGAGCGACAGUCAGUGAUAAUCAGAAAGAAAAGGAGUUCAUCAGGACUGAGCAAUAAUAACAGACCCUAAGUAGUUCUUUAUAGAAUUAAUUCCUAUCCAAGUGGUAAGAUUGGAAUCAUGUUUACAGUCCCAGUGUUGCUGGAGCCGACGAAGAAGCCUGAUGUUGUGUCUCAGCACAGAGUUCUUUAUUCACCCACCAGCUUACUUCACCAUGUUGCACCGAGCCACAGCAGAGCCACAACACUGCACACUCCUGUCUGAAGGAGAAAGAGGCAAAUGAGAGGCUUCCAGGGAAAUGUCAAUUGAAACACGGGAGGAAGACUGUAAGUUAUGUCUCCCCAGUUGUCCAAUAACCUACCCGAUUGGCAGUUUUAUUAUGUUUAUUCCAGUAAAGUGAUUUUAUACUGACACAGUGUGAGUGUAACAAAAUGAGUUUCAAAAGAGAGAAUAUUCAUAGUUCUAUCAUACCUCAACAAUAAAUCUACAUUUAGACAAUAUGCUGCUUCUUUUGUGUAUGUAUGUUUUACCUUUUGUGUAAAUGAUGCAAUGUGAAAUGAGCGGCUAAUAAUGAGCAUAUUUCUUAAAGCUGAUAUAUUCACCUACUGUGUCACUUAGAGCAAGCACAGCUCAAACUUAACAUUUUGUCUGUGUGGCUCAGCUCCUGUAUUCUUUUAUGUUGCUUUGAUGUUUACUAUGUCAAAUUAAUUUACAAGAGUGCAUCUUAAAGAAAAUUGAGUCAAGAAGUUAGUAGCUCUUUCUAUAGGCUACAAUUCAAAAUUGUGUGUGCACUGACAGUCUUCAGUCGCUGUUGUGUUUGUUUUUUAACAUAAAGAAUCUCAUGUUCAUAGAAAAGUAGUUAGAUUCCCUCCUACUAAAGGUGCUACUGUGACAUCAUUUCAAUCUUCUGUGCAGCUGAAGAUGUUAAAUGAUUGAGAGGAAAUGUUAGUCAAUGAACUGCAUAGUCCAUGGUGAUCUAAGAAAGUCAAAACAUUUUUGCUUAUAAUCAGGGAGAGGAGAAAAGCAAUAAAAGUCAAUGUCAAAUCACUGGAAAAGUUAUUUUUCAAGAACAAACAAUAGAAAUGUGAAAUAACGUCUUGUGCAAAAUCAAUAAACUAAAUUUUACGAUA